AAUCGAACGUGUCCACUUGCUCUUAUCUCAACAAAAUUCCACGCGCCACCCCCUAUCCCAACUCUCCAUCCUAAACCUUCAAUCCUUCAGAAACGAAACCGCGAGAGAGUGGAAGAAAAGAGAGAUGGCAGCCUCAUCGGAAGAUUUCUCGGUGCUCGUGCUGGCCUCGGAUCUGGGCAUAGAUGCCCGGCCCUUCUUGUCUCACCAAGAAGCAGACAAAGGCGCAGAGGGGGAGCAAGAGAACUGGCAUGACUGCUCUCAGUACCUCUCUCCUGACGAAGACUUCUCCGAUCUCGAUGUUCUCCAAUUCUUUCGCCUCCAAGGCUCCGACCAGCAAGGCAACCGCGUUUUCCGUAUUGUGGGAAAGUACUUUCCCGCUCCAGUUGUGAGUGGGGAGCGGCUGAAGAGGUAUAUUUUCCACAAAAUAUGCAGCGAAUUGCCAGAAGGGCCUUUCUGCAUUGCUUACAUGCAUAGUACUGUGCAAAGGGAGGACAAUUCCCCUGGAAUUACUAUCUUGAGGUGGAUUUAUGAAGAACUUCCCUCGGACAUCAAGGAAAGGCUUAAAAUUGUGUACUUUAUUCACCCUGGACUCCGCUCAAGGCUUGCCUUUGCCACUCUUGGCCGAUUUUUCCUAAGUGGAGGCUUAUAUUGGAAAAUCAAGUACGUGAGCCGCCUGCAAUACCUUUGGGAUGACAUAAAGAAAGGAGAGGUCGAGAUUCCUGAAUUUGUGAAGAACCAUGACGAUGUUCUCGAGCAUAGACCUCUGACAGACUAUGGCAUUGAACCAGACCCUUUACACUUGACUGAAGUGCCUUCCUCGGCCUUUUCAUUUGGGAGGUAUGAAGAGAGAUGGGGGUCAAGGGAAUAUAUGUCAUAGUUUAGCUGGUAUAAAGAGUAGAGACAGCAAAAUCCCAAGCAAUUGACGUAGGGGUGAGUUGCUGCUAAUUUUAUAUGCAUCCAAGCUCUCUGUACAGAAUGAUCCCCCUGUUGUAUUGUGUGUUGCAUGAAUUUUAAUCACCUUAACCAAGUUCAAAAUCGUUUUCUUU